AAUACCUGCCUGGCGCAUUUUUGCGUUGCCAAAGCUGACGCUGUAAAACUUUGGAUUUUUUUGUGCAUUUUUUGCAAAAAAAAAAAAUUUCUGCCAGUUUGCAUAAACACCCAGCCGGCAAACACAAACCCAAACGAGCAGCAAACGUGCCAGGAACAAAGUUCAAGCAGAAUAUGGUGGAAUAAGUUGGACAGCAGCAACGGCAACAGCAACAUUAAAAAUCACAACAGCAACACACAAAAUGUCGUCGUCGAUCUGCUCGCACUUUACGCAGAAUGCGUGGAAAAAGGAUCUAUGCUCUAACUGCUUCAAGUCGAAGGAUGAGCACAAAGCAGCCGCUGCUGCCGCAGCUGCCGCACAACAGGGCACCAAGCCAAGCGCUCUCAAGUCAGAUAGCCAAGCAAAGACUGAUUACCCAAACAAGCACAGAACGCCAGCCAAGAGCAUUAUUAAGAAGGCGUUCGGCGUGCGCCUCACUACGACCACCAGCAGCAGCAGCAGCUUCACCAAGUCUAGCAGCAGCAGCUCCAAGUCAGGCAAAGUUUGCUUUCCCAAGCAGCUGCACGAGAUCAUUGGCUAUGGCGGCGAGUGGUCAGAUGACGAUGACGAUGAUGAUGAUCAUGACUUUAUGAAUCUGGGCAAUGAACACGAUGACAUGGCCAUCACGGAAACAGAUGACGAAGAAGCCGUUGAGCUGAAACGCAUUACUCGCGCCAACACGGAUUUCAAUAUGAACAAUGGCAAUUUGCUGGGCGAUGCCCAGGAUAACAUUAAGAAGUCAUUUGCGGCACUUAAGCUGGGCGCACCACAGGUUGACAAGGAGGGCAAGAAACAAACGCUAACGAUCAAUGUGAUGCCCUUUGGACAGCCCACAGCGACAAAGGCGACAAAAACAACGCCGUGCAAAUCAACAGAGAUUUCGCAAACAACAACAACAACAAAGGCAGCAGCAUCCUCCAGCACAGUAACAGCCAAGUCUGUCACAUCAGCAGGCACAACAAUCAAUAGCACCAUAACCAGCACCUGCACCAAGAAAGUAACCACAACACUCACACCCACGCUGUCCAAGAGCACGCCAGGUGCAUCCACGCGCGAUGGCAAGGACAGUCCACCCAUUGAGCGAGCGAUGGAGAAGUCUCUACUAGAUGAAAUCUCAGAGACGCUGCAGCAGAAGCAAAAGCAAAAGCAGAACGAAAUCAACACAGCGGCAGCUGCAGCAGCGGCAGCAACAUCAGUCACAACAGCAACAGUUGCAAGCAGCAGCAGCAGCAGCAGCAAUAACAAAAUCAAGUUCGAACUAGGCUCGCUUAGCGAUUCACCGAAGCCAUUUCUUGACCUUAAGAAGCCCAUCGCGCGUAAUGCGCCCAUAACCAAGGAUCACACGAAGCCCAAGGUGAACGUGUGCCACAAAUACUCCGACACGGACAGCAAUUGCUCGGACACAGAAAAUGGGGUCUCCGCCUACUACGAUGUAGUUGAAACGCAGCUGAGCUACGAGAAUCUGCCCGAUGGCAAGUACAGUGAGCAGGUGGACGUGGCCAGCGCCCAGCCGGAAGCUAGCAGCACGCACUACUCCAGCUCGCAGUACAUAACGGACAUGCUGCUCAGUUCGAAGACGCGCGCCGCCAGCUAUAAUCUGCACGAGGGCAACUUUAUGACCAGCAAGAUAACCUCAGACGGCCUGAUUGUCACCAAAUGCAGCUCGGACGACGCACUCGACUCCACGGGCAGCAGCUUCGAUGGCAGCUCCGACGAGGAGAACGCCUACAACAUGAUACGCAGCGAAUCCGACUCGGGCAUCGGCAUCAGCAUUGGCAGCGACUAUAAGAAUCUGCCAAAUACUGCGGUCAAAGGCGGCAAUGAACAGCGGUCGCUGGUGGAGAAGAAGCUCAGCGCCAGCACCAACAACUCCGACUACGAGGACAUACAAAUUGGCGAUCAGUCUAGCAACCAAGCGGCGGUCAAGAGUCGCGAGCUGCACGGCGAGCCCGACGGCAGCGCCGAUCCGGACAACAAGCUCGAACAAAAUCAGCAGCAACAGCAGCAGAAGCAGGAGUCAGCGGCAGAUGCGUUGCCGCAACAGCUGCCAGCGCUGCCCAAGUCACCACCGCCACCUAUGAAAAUCGAUGCGCGAUCUUCCUUCUUGCACGGCCUGAAGAAGCCCGAGCUGCCAGCUAAGCCACUCGUUAGCAGCAGCAUCGGCAACAACAACAGCAAUAACAACAACAACUCGCCGUUGAAAACCUUUAUGAGCAAGCGGACGCCCAGCAGUGCCGAGCAGCAAUUCAUCAGCCAGCUGCAAACAGCAAUCUCCAAAUCAAGUGAGAAUCUGCUAUUAGCUGCUUCAGCGUCAACAGCGGCGGCAGCAGCAGCAGCAUCAGCAGCAGCAUCAGCGGCUGAGUCAGCCAAAGAUGAUGCCAAGCUAAAGAAAGGCAAAGCGCCAAAUCCGCCGCCGGAGCCCAAACUAAGCGCGCCGCCUACGCCGGAGCGCGAUUACAGUUUGGUAGUUGAAUUCGAACAGGCAACCAAGGCAGAGGCGUCAGCUUCCAAAGCAGGAAAGACACUAGUUGACAGCGAGCCGUUACCUACAGCAACGGCAGCAGCAGCAACAACAGCAGCAACAACAGCAGCAACAACAGCAGCAACAACAGCAGCAGCAGCAACAGUUGCUGGCAGCAACAGCAGCAACAAUCUGUAUACCAGAAAGCCACCUGUGGCGGCCGCCACGCCCGUCAUACGCGAAAAGGACAAGCGGGAGCGGGCGGUUAUCAAUCCAAAGUUUCGCAGUCUGAACACCUUUGUGAUGCAGCGCGCCAAUGCGGCAAAGCAGCUGCAAAUGCAAUCCGCCAGCUCUGUGCUGAACCUCAAGCAGCCGUUGACGCCGGAGCCGACGCCGCGUAGUCAGCGACAUCUGUCCAUGUCCGAGGAGUGCCUGGCAGCCGCUGGCUUGACGGAGCAGCAGCCUGGCAAAAGCACAAAGUCACCCACUGCCUCGCCGCCACAGAAGCAGAAAUCAAAGUUCUCGAUCAAAAAGUUUUUGCGUAUGGGCGGCAACGGGGGCAACAAGUCCAGCGAGCAGCUAUCCAAGAAGGACAGCAGCGUCUACUCUGAGAUAUGUACCGGCGAUGAUGGCAGUGUAGCUGGCAAGCCGCGCCUCGUCAUCAUACAUCCCAUUGACAUUAAUCCCACGGCCGUUGAGGUUGUCAAGGAUAUUACGAAGACAAGCGAUGCUGUCUCAGCCCAGACGGUGGCUGUGGUCACCGCCAAGCCGCCAGCUCCACCGCUGCGCGCCAGCGAGGGAUACCGCGGUCAUGAGGCCAAUAAGCCGGCACGCCCACCGCCGCCCAAAAGCGCUGAGCUGCGUCGCAAGCAGAAAACGGAGCUGACAGCAACGCUUAGCGCCAGCAGUAUAGAUUCCGCAAAGAUUUCCGGCAAUCCCAAUGCCGGCGGCUCCAUCAAAUCCAAAGCGGACAAUGUGUAUGCCAAUUUAGGCGAAAUACGAUCUUCGAUAGCCCCACGCAAGCCGGAGCGCACGGCAAGCAUGCGGGAGCGUGAGGCGCAGCUGGAGCUGGUCCGCAAACGAGGUAUACUUACCGAUACUAUCUCCAUUUGCUCGUCAAACGGUGAGAAUGUAACGGCCGAUCAGUCCAAGGCGUGCAGUACCAAUCCAUUCGAAUCUGGCAAACCGCCGGCGGGAACAGGCACUGUCAGCAGCCGCACCAGCACCUUCGAGCGGCAGCCGAAAAAGGCCGAGACCAAAAUGUCCAUAUCCAGCAAGCUGGAGAUCUUUGAGCAGCGCUCCCAGGGCGCACACGAUGCCACUGACAGCGGCCAGCGCAGCAGCCUGAAGGAUUCGGUGCGCAAGAUUAACAGCACAAUCGAUAGCUAUCUGAAGGACAAGCGCGACUAUGAGAACAUGUACGAGUUUGUCAAAAUGGGCAAUGGCAACAGUAGCUCGACAACGACAUCGACAACGACAGCCAUGGGAUCGGCAACGGCGGCAACAGCAACGCCGCCGAUGCCACCAACACGCAACAGCAACCUCGACUUGACCGCUGUGGCCGGACAACGACUCAACAGCCAGACUGGCAGACGCAACAAUAUCUACUCGGAUACGGCUUCCAUAGCCAGUUACACGCGCAGCGAGUACGGUCCAGUGCGGCAUUAUGGCCUGAACAAUAGCUUAGCCAACAUUCCACGCGUCAUCUCGGCCUCGUAUGCGGGCAGCGAGGCGGGCGAGUUCGACAUAUAUGCACCGUACAGCUACUACGGCAGCGAAGCUGGUGGAGAUGUGGCCGCGGACAUCAACGACAGCGUCUGGGGCAUGCAAAUGGGCAACAAGAACCGCAGCAAGGCCACGAAUCGUUUGCGCAUGCGCAAAGGACGCAGUGUCGUGCACAAAACCAUCGAGGACAACUACACAGCCGUUGUGGUGGCCAAUCAUGAGGCACUUGCCCAGGUGCUCGAUCAGCUGCAGCAAACGCCAGUUGUGCCCGCGGCACUGCGACCGCUAGCCAAUGCCAUCAAUUUGCGUUACGAGGACUUUACCAUCUUGGAGGGGGUUCAGGCGUUUGUGGUGGGCAAGAAGGCCUUCCAUGCGGCCCUGUGGACCACUUCGCCUGUGACCUUGGCCCUAUCGGCCGACUGCAACCAGCUGGCAGGCGUUGGCGGCGAGCUGAGCCAACUGACGGGCGGUGUCUGCGAUGUACUUAAUCCCAUAACUGAGUUUUGCGAUCUGGUACCCAGUUAUCAGUUGCCUCUGAUGCCCACAACGGAGGUGUCGCUGCUGCAGGCCACAAUAUCGGUGCUGCCGAGACUUCAGCUGGAGACGUUGCAAUCGAUUGGAGCCAUACUUAAGGGCAAGUCUCAGGUGCUGGACAAGAGCAACUUUAAUUUCCGCGGCUCUAUACCGAACCUGAACAGUCUGAAGGAUGCGGCUGGUGCCAAUGCGCUACGCAAUGUGGUUUCCGUACAGAACCUUAGCACAUUGAACGAGGAAUCAACAUCGCCUAGCAGCACGGGGGCCAACGAUGGUGAGGAGAGUACGCCCAUGCCAAGUGCCAUGCCCGCCUUCGAUGAUGUCAUGACGCGCGAGGUGGCAUUCAUCAUGCUGCAGCUGGUCAACGGUAUGAAAAAUCUGCAGGCCAAGGCCAUUGAAGAGACGCCGCUAAGUCUAUCAAAUGUGGUGCUGUCCAAGGACAUGGAUAACAAGGAUGCGCAGGCACGACUCUGUGUCUUGCAAGGCAAUAACAACGACGACGAGGAACCCAUGGGCACGCUCUGCAAAUGCGCCCACGGCGCCUUGACCGACAUGCUGCCCACAACAAAAAUCACACCCAUUCUGGCCGAUAUUUUGCAACAGGAGCGCGCCGAAUCGCUUUCCAAGGCCAAAUCAGUGCUGGAGUUUGUGCUCUGGGGUCCCUCUGAUGUGGCGCUUGUGGGCUCAACCAAGGAACGUGAGCUCGCCCUACAACGCUGGCUGGACCUGGAGCGCGCCACAGUGCUCCAUGGCUUAGUGCGCACGCGCGUCGAGCUGACCGUCUACGACGAGUGUCAUCUGAUGUUCCUCGUGCGCUCCACGGCCAAAAUGAUGAACGAUGCCGCCAAAAUUGUUUGCAGCUAUCAGCAGCAUGCGUCCCAUGAGUAGCCCCAAGUUAGCAUAAUCUCAUAUGUAUUUAUUAUACAAGAUUAUAAUAGGCUUUUAGUCCUUUGAGUUGUAGUUUAGAUAUAUACCUAUGUUGGGCUUAAGGCUCCCAGAGAAUCAUAUUCUAUGCGUAGCAUUUUAUGCAUUAUCGAAUUAUAAUUUUUACUGAAUUAUAAUUAUGAUUUACCCUAAAAACGAUAUAAACGAUACGAAUCCCAUAACAUAUUUUCCCAAGCGUGCCAAACGAACCACACGCGGAAAUUGUCUUGUAAAAACCCUGUCUUCAGUGAAACUUUAAUUAAUUGUAGUUUACUCGUAACUGUAAGUCAUUAUUCUACGCAACUAUUUAUACUUACCUACAUUACUUACUUAUCAUACGUAUUAACCGCUGAAAACUAUCGAAAGUCUAAUUCGGCUUGUAAAGGAAAACAUUGGUGUUUGUUUUAAAUAUCCAUUCGUACAAUAUUUUAUAUCUACCAAUAUGCAAAUAAAU